AUGACGACGCUGCUCGACCUGAAGAGUAGCGUCUUGCGCCAGGUGCAAAGGAGCCAGUCGCUCAGGACUCGCAGGGAAUCACCGCCUGCUGCCGGUAGCCCUCUCUCCAACUGCCCAGAGCCCUUAUCCCGAAGGAUUUCUGAGGAGAGCAUGGAGUUCUUUGUGCGUAUGAACAGCAUUCUGCAGAAACAGGAGAACAUGCUGCAGGCCGGCGAGGCCGAGUGCCAAAGGGGAGCCUGCACUGUGCCACCGCCACAAGAGCACGUGGACCAGGCUUUUAUCCAGGAGAGAAUCAGCAGGACGGAGCUGGACUUGAUCUAUGAGGAGGUCGUGUACACAGUCAUCAACCGAGUUGGGGUGCCUUCAUCAGAACAUGUGACGAGUGACGAAGAGCUGUUUGCCUACCUCUUAAAGGUGUUUGAUAUGGGCGAGGAGGAACAUGACAUCAUACUACAGAAAGUGCAAGAAUCCAAGAGAGCCACUUUUUCCUUGAGAGCUUCUGUUUUGAAAGCCAAGAAUCUGCUGGCUAAAGACGCCAAUGGCUACAGUGACCCUUAUUGCAUGCUGGGCAUCUUGGAGGGGCAGAGCCCACGAGAGACUGAGGAAAAGAAGGAAAGGAAGUUCAGUUUCAGGAAGAGAAAGGACAAGCUGGAGAAACGCUCCAGCACCAAGGAAGCGCUGCCGGCUAGGUGCAUUCAGGUGACCGAAGUCAAGCCGGAGACACUCAACCCAGUUUGGGAUGAGCACUUCGUUUUUGAAGUUGACGACGUCCACAAUGACUUGCUCCAUUUGGAUAUUUGGGAUCAUGACGACGACGUCUCGGUGGCGGAGGCCUGCAAAAAGCUCAAUGAAGUCAGCGGACUUAGGGGAAUGGGAAGGUAUUUUAAGCAGAUUGCAAAGUCUGUACGUGCCAAUGGAUCGUCAUCAUCCGGCUCUGAGGAGAAUGCAGACGAUUUCCUAGGAUGCAUCAACAUUUCUUUAAAUGAAAUUCCCGUCGGAGGUUUUGACACUUGGUUCAAACUGGAGCCUCGCUCGAGUGCCUCCAAAGUGCAGGGUGAAUGUCACCUGAUACUAAAGCUGUUCACAAGCCAGAGAGACACGACGCUGUCGAAAAAAGAGUCCAACGUGUCCAUUCAUAAGAAGCUGCUGAGUCAGAUUGUUGAGUAUGAGCACGCUCAUGUCAAGCGAGAGCCGUACAACUGGAACGGGCAGGUCAGCCCCCCGGCGUGGACAGUGCUGACUCACCAUGCCGUGCAAACCGAUCUCACUCGUCUCCAACAGGCCAUAAUUCGCUGGCAGUGCUACAGCGGCCAUCAUCGAACCCAACGGGUGUGCUAUUCCCUGCUGCUGCGCCUCCUGAGGGCCAUCGAUGCAGAGUGGGACCCUCCCUCUGUGAGAGGAGACCUGGAGAGGCAGCUGUCAGACAGCUUCAGGCUUUACACAGAGCACUGCUUGUGCCUGAUGAAGAACAUGCGGCAGGUUUUCCCCUGCACCAGCGCCGCUGCCAUUACACGAUACGAGCUCAUGCUGAGGGGGAUCGGUUACAUGCAGAACAUGCGGGCGUUUAAGACCGUUUGCCCCUUGCGUAACCAGCUGCACUUGGACAUCACAUCCGCUGUGAAGAAAGGAACCUCUGAGUGGUACGACAGUUUAAUCGCGCAGUACAGGCCAGAGGAUGGGUCACUGGAAGAGCAGCUGAAAAAAUUGGUUAUUGUGGUGGAUGCCGUCUGCACAGACAUGCAGAGAGCUCAGAAUAUCUACAACAAACUUUUCUACAGCGCAGUCAAAGUGGAUUUCUUCAGCGUGACAUACAGGCUGCUGGAGAAACUGGUGGCUGAUGAUGUCAACGUGGCCAUGGAAAGACUUUGCGGCACUCUUGAGCAGGAAAGUUCCAGACUGACUCAGACGAUGGGCGAGACGGUCUUUGAGCUUUUCGUGUCUCUGAAGAGCCUCAAAGGCUUCCGGGAGUUCCUUCCUCUCAAAGAUGCAAAAAUGUUGGCCUUAACGGUAUUCCACAACUGGUUCAAGUCAUCCAUUCACAAAUUCCUGCAGAUUGUUCACGAAAGGUCAUGUGACAGGAUCUGCAAAGCGGUAGAAACGGACAAGAUGGAAGCAGUGCAGCAAGGCAAGCACAGCUCUUCGGCCACGGAAGUGACAGCCUGUUUCCGACAGGUCCGUGAUAUCUGGCUCCAGCUGGCCUGGCCGGAUUCUGCGGGUGCCUUCAUCUUUGUCACCCGCUUGACCGACAACUUUUGCAGCGAGGCUGUGUGUUACUCUGAGAUGCUCACGCGUAAGAUUGAGAGAAGCCAGCUGGGCAGGGACCACAAGGGCUUCAUAGUUCAGCUGUGCGUGGCCCUAAACGACGUGGAGCACGUCCGUGUAUUUCUGGGUCACCUGCCCCGCGACCUGGACUGGCCGGGCGUGGAGCGUGCCAUGGAGGAGUCCUGCGGCGCCGAGGGCAAAGAGCAGGUGUUCAAGGCCCUCAACGGGCAACUCUUCAAUAUGGAUCAAGACCUGCAAAGGGAAGCCAAGCGUCUCAUUGCGCUGCUCACAGACAAGAUGAUGCCUGAGCUUCGGCGUUACAUCCAGCACAUCAGCUUGUCUCCUGACUCCAUCAACAACGACGAUGCCGUGGACCCCCUCAUGAAAUACCUGCAGGAGACUGUGGUCAUCCUCAAGGAAACACUAGUGAAGGACAACCUCACACGGGUUCUGCAGAGCCUAUGGGAGCUGCUUCUGCGCAUGAUCCUGGACUCUGUCAGAGAAAACCGAGGCGUCCAGGUGGAGUUCUACAACCGAUUCCAGUACACUGUAGAGACCUUAUUGCAAUUCCUCCAAGGAAAUGGUUUAUCCCAAGAAGAUAUGAAGACUGGGGACUACAAGGCUCUGGAGGAGGAGCUAAAGCUGAACAAAUGUUCCUCCUUCGAGCUGAUCGAACAGUACUACCUGGAAAAGAUCUCCCUGCAGAAAACCCUCAAACACACACGCUUCGGUCGUAUAAGUGUCAAGUGCUACUACGAUGCGCCUGAGCAGAGGCUGACUGUGGAAAUCCUGCACGCUGCUGACAUUAUGGCGCUGGAUGCAAAUGGUCUUAGCGACCCGUUCGUCAUUGUAGAGCUUUGUCCACACCACCUCUUCCCGCUGGCCAAGAGCCAGCGAACGCAGGUGAAGCUGAAGACGUUACACCCAGUGUUUGACGAGCUCUUCUACUUCCACGUGAGCCCUGAACAGUACAGGCACAGAUUCGCCUGCUUGACAUUCACCGUAAUGGACUACGACUGGCUGUCAACCAAUGACUUUGCCGGAGAGGCUGUGGCCCCGCUCAGCGACUUCUGCUGGCCGGGGAGGCCCAACGCCACGGCGGCCGGCAAGAGUGUGCAGCCCUUCAUCCUCCACCUGUCUCGCAGCAAACCCAGCGAGAAGCCUAUCAUGCGGAUGCUGGACGCUCGAACGGGUGACAGAGAGGCUCAGGAGUUUGUCCGCAGGCUGAAGGAGAUUGAGAAGUCCAUGGAAGAGGAGUAA